CCACUGCGCAUGCGCGCUCGCAGAAGAAGGCGAGAAUGGCGUUGCGUAGUCUUCGUCUCGCCAAGCUUGGCGGCAUUGGCCAGGCGGCCAUGGGCCGCCCGAGCAUUGGCCCUAGUGUUUCUCCACGAAUUGUUGAGCCUGUUUCCGUUCCAAGACGAUACCUCAGGCAGAAUAACCCUGAUGACACUAACAUAUUUGGUACAACUUGGCAAAGUGAAAAGUAUCGAGUGCCUCACCCAAGAAGAUUAGGUAUUAUCCCAUUUAUGAGGCCACUGCAAUUCCUGAUCUUCGUGGCAGUGGGAGCAGCUGCUAGCAUUCAUUGGUUCAAGAGGCGCUUUGAUAGUUACGCGAACUACGACUUGCCUGAGCUGUUUGCCAACCACACCGAGGAGAUAGAGAAACGACAAGCAAUCCGUGACAGUGGAUGGCAGCCACCAUCGUACCCCACCCGUCCCGGAAUGCUGUCGUAUCACUACCACCGGCACAACCCGGAUGCCUUCAGCGAUGACCCACUGAUCCCCAGCGCACCACUGGCCCGUGAUCCUCAAGUUCGGCAAGAAAAAGAACUUGGCGGGUAUGCUUGGGCUAAGCCUAUCCACAAUGGCAAUGCUUUCCUGGACAUGUUCUUCCCGGAACACUUCCACAAGGCAUUCUAUUUCGAUCAAAUGGAGGGCUGGGACCGCUACGUCUCUCGUGAUAUGAUGAAGGAAUACCACACUGAAAUGGAGCAACUGCAAGGUUUGCACUCCAUUGCUUGUUGAUCUAAUCUAUGUGUAUCUCUGUAACUAGCCCUAGCUCUGUGAGCAGUUGCAGUUCCAUCUUUCUACUGGCUGUGUCAUCCAGU